GACCUUUUCUCUUAAGGUUUUGGUUUUUUUUCAUUCUCAAAAAAAGUGUAACCUUAAAAUUAAACAAUUAAUUUUAAUUGUUCAAAUUGGAAAAUUUAAUUAAUUUGAUUGUUUCUUAUGAUGAUGAACUCCUCUGUCAAUAAAAGAGGAAAUCGUCAAACAAUGAGCAAUACGGUUAAUAUGAAUAGCUCAAACCAUUCGGUUUCUAAUACAAAUACAAGAAAUUAUCGAUCUAAAAAUGGUCCAAGUGAAAAAAGUGUUACCAAUGUCGAGGGUGUUUAUUUCAAUGCUCGGCUUAUGCAUGCUACUACUUCCCUCAUGGGCACCUGUGUAAGACUGACUACAAAAGAUGGCAACGUUUAUGAGGGUGUAUUGACCUGUUUUUCACCUGAUUUUGAAUUAGCAGUUGAUAUGGUCACUCUCAUUGAUCCUAAAACAGUCGUCGGAGGCCAGAAUCUUAAUGGCCUCUUAGCUAGUCUAAAAGCUCGCAAUCAAGUGAAUAACACUAUGAUUUUCAAAUUUUCUGAUAUUGUGACCUUAAGCGUACUAAAUGUGGACCUAGACUAUGCUGCUAAAGGCCACUUUACUGACACAGAGAUUAGUCGAUUCGACUCUUCUUCUUUGAAUAAAAACAAGGAUCUGGUUCCUUGGGAAUGUCCCCAAGAAGAGAACCUCCAAGAACUUGGUAGUCUUGCUAUCGAUGAACAAGCUAGCCCUGAAAAGGUUAAUCAAAAUGGCUGGACUGCUGACGACAUGUUCAAGCUUAAUAAAGACAAAUAUAACGUUAAAUCAACCUAUGAUGAUAAUUUGCAUCAGUACACUGUGCCUUUGAACCCUCAAGAUACUGAAGAGUAUCGACAACUUGAAGCAGAAGCUGAAAGGAUAGCUCAAGAGGUCGAGGCUGAUGGUACCUCUAGAGAUCGUGUUUCCAAAGAAGUUAACGAUGAUGAGGAAGAAAAAUAUAGCGCAGUUAUCCGAGCUAUUCCUGAGCCUCCCUCUAUUUCACAACAUAACCGACAACCGCCUCGCCGUAAACCUACUGGACCAAUGACUGGUCAAAAUAUUGGACCUCGGGGUAAAAAUUUACAGAACAAUGGUCCUCCAUCAUCAGCGCCUAUGACUGUUCAUUCAAAAUAUCAGUCUCACUCUUACUCGGAACUUCCUAGAGAGCCACCUAAGCCUCCACACAUGCAGAUUUCUCCUUCUUCAUCUGCGUCAGGUUACAAAACUGGGCAGCAAGGGAAAAGCUCUUCUUUAGAUGCUAAGCAGUCGAAUAGUUAUUCUAAUUCUAAAGAUUCAGAGGAUAAGUCUGAUAAAAAUGAGCCUCGUAAUUUACAUGAAUCCUCUCGACGACAACACCAACAUCAACAAGCUCAGCAACAGCAUCAUCAACAACAGCAACAACAACAAAUCCAACAGCAACAACAAAUUCAACAACAGCAACAGCAGCAGCAACAACAACAACAAGAAAAAGCUUCACAACAUGAAAAGCGUCAUCAACAAGAAGUUAAAGGCUCACAAUCAAGCCAAUCUAUCCAAAGCCCACAGAAUCAGGCUCAUCCACAUCCAGCAAUCAAUAAACAGCAAUCAUCUCAACAGUCAUCUCCACAACAAUUUAAUACUAACCAGCAAGAACAUGCUAUUCAACAUCAAUCUCCACAUGGUGCUUCACAAGAUAAAGACAAGCCUCAACAAAAUCUUUCACAAAAUAACCAAUCCGCCCAAGGGCAGCUGCAAUUAGGACCAGAAGAGAAUGUACCAGCACAAGGGUUGCCUCAAAGGACGCAAAUCGGACAAAGAACUAAUCUUCUGCGUAAAAAGGAGGAUAUUCAAGAGCUUAAAAGAUUUGGUAAUGAAUUCAGAAUUUAUGAUAAUAAAAAAUCAUCUUCUCGAGAAAAUAAGGAACCCGUUCAAAGUUCAAAGAGUGAUAAUAACUUAGAGGUUAAAGAAACCCGAGGAGGUGACCAAGAAGCUACUACAAGCUCAUCUACACCUAAUUCAAAAUUAUCUUCAUCAGUUUCAACACCAUCUUCAAAACCAGCGCCUCCAGUUAGUGAGCCAAUCCCUGCCGAGACUGAAAAUGAGGCUGAAAAAUUAGUUAAAAAAUCAACGCUAAAUCCAAAUGCGAAAGAAUUUAAUCCGGGAAUGAAGUCAUUCACACCACGAUCUGCAUAUAGUAGUGGUCAGUCAACACCGACUACAACGCCGUCAGGAGCUAUGGUACCAAUGGCUAAUUAUCUUAAUAACGCUAUUGUUCAUAAUCAUAACCAUCCUCAUAAUCAUAGUCAGCAACCCCAUCACCAGUCAAAUCACCAUCAACCCAGGAUGCAAAGUCCAAUGGUAGCUUUCCCACCGUCUACCCAUUUCAUUUCAACUCUUCCUGUUCUACCCAAUCAAUUUAUAAUGUCAGCUCCAAAUAUCUCGGGUGCGCCUCCCUUUCAACCUGCCAAUAAUACCCAUACCUCUAGAAAUUAUCGUAAAUCAAAUCCUCAACAAUACCAGAAUCCAAAUAAUCGACACGAUUAUUCACAAACUUCUGCUACCGUUGCUGCUGCAACUGGUCAUCCUGUUCUCGCUGCAUCACCAAUGCAAGGUCCAUAUCCAGGAGCCCAACAGCAACCUGGUGUUGUUACUUCAGCUGGUACACCACAACAAAUGUAUCAAUCAGUAUACAUGCCUCAUCCUAGAAUGAAUAUUAUCUCACCUCAAUCUGGUGUUGUUAUGCCCCAAUUACAACCCUAUGACCAUAACCUUCAACCAAUUUAUAUGGCACCAGUUUCUUUACAACCCCACAUGUUAACUCAGGUGCAACCUCAACAAAACGUUUCCGGAGCUGGUCAAAUGUCAACUGGUUCAACUCCCCAAUCAUUAACCCCUAACACCUCAAUGCAACAAGGCGCUCCAACACCUUCACCAGUCCACCAUCAGGGUAGAGUGCCUAAUCCAACCCCGACUCCACCGCAAGCUGUGAUCUACUUGAGUCCUCAAGGAGGACAGCCUCCCGUUUCACUAUCGGCUCAUUCCGCUAAUAGCCAAGCUCACUACGUCAACCAAAUGGUACCAUUGAUUAUCCAGCCAAAUCAAAAUUUGGCUCAUUCACAUCAAAUGGCCCAAUCUGGACAUGUCCACUCCAGUAUCAGGAAUUAAAGUUUAUUAAUUUCAUCAACACAUAAAAAGUUAAAAACAUCAGCCAGAUUAAACGGAGCAGGAGAUAUAAAAAAUAAUUAUUAAAAAAAUUAAUUAGUUGAAAGUCCUUCCGAUGACUUGCGACUUUGGUUACUUUGUAUCUAGUAGAGUGACUACUCUUUUCGUCAAUGGUAGUCGAACACCCGAAAAAUCAACACAACAACAACAACAACAACAACAAACAAACACAAUUAAUCAACGCAACUUUUUCUUAUCCCUUUCCUUUUUUUUCGUAGUCGCCAAUCAAACUUUUUUUUUGGUUAUCCCUUUAAUUAAAUAUAAUAAUAUUUCCCAUUGAGAAAUAAAGAGAGAAAAGAAGAAAAUUUAUUCUCAAAGUGAAAUAUUUACACAUUUUCCCCAUUUAAGGACAAUUAACAUUUCUUUGCUUUAAAGGCAUGUUAAUUGUCCAUAAAAAAAAUACCAAGAAAAAAAGUUGCGUUAAUUGUGUUUCAAGUAUAAACACAUUGUUGAAUCCAUUCUAACAAUUAGUGAUGAUCAAUAACCAAUGAUCAUCACUCAGAUUAUUAAAUGAUAUUCAACAAUUAAUGUAUAUUGGAAUGCUUUCAACUUUGAUGUUAGUAUUAUUUAUAUUAAUAAAAAAAUAAACAAAAAUGUUAACCGUUGGUUAUCAAAAAAAACUAA